AUGGACUUUGCGAGUCCCACGAGAGCACUGAUCUCGCUUCAGAAGCGUAAACCCGCUGUUUCUGCAAAUGCUGUCGAAGCUGCCAAGAAACUCCUCGAGAAAGAUACAUCUUCAAAGGACUACUUGGAUGCAAUCUUUAUGUUGAUGAACGACGAAAGCGAACGCUGGGAAGGCUUGUCUGUUUCGCUGUUGCUGGCCACCAAGAUUCUGGUCGACGCCACAGCCAAUCAAUCCAGUUCAGCCGUAUACAUUGAUGGGCCUCGUGUCCCCAUGGAAAAUGCAUCACAUGCAGAAACAAAGACGGAGCGCUCAUUCUCUCCGGAGCAGCUCUCGAAGGUUGCUACAUGGUUGCACCAAGCCAGUUUGAAGUAUCUGGAGCACAACGAACCUCGUGUUCGUACCUUUGUAGCAAAAGCUGUGGGUGCGCACGCAACUUGGAGCAUUGGAAUUGACAACGCUCAACACGAAGACGAGCGCCAAGCCGUUCACAGCCAGAUUGUCAAAUCAAUCCAAGAUCAUAUUGAAGAGGGUCGUGAUAAUCCUGAAAAAUACAGUAAAUCUUCAAUUGGUGCUCUGGACGAUACUACUGGUUGGAGGGCACUCGAGACAAAUUGGCAAUGCCUAGCUUGUUGGAUUGCCUCUCUUGGAGAUAAAUACUACGAAACAACGGGCUUGCAGUUGGACCAACUCUUAGAGAACGCGGAGCAUUCGGCCGUUGUUCACCUCAAUCGUCACGUUCGAGCAGCUUCUAUAGCAGUAUUGGAGCAGUUGACCGUCAGUGCUGGAAGUAACGAGAAACAUUGGCACUUAUUGGAAACAGGCUCUUUGCGAAAGACAAUUGUAAAGGUUCUCAAAGCUGGUUUGGCGGACAACUGGUCACAAGUUCGUAUGGCAGCAUCAGUAUUGAACCGUGUCUUCUGGAAGACUAUCAAGGAAACGUGCAAGUUCUCGAAUGACAACUUGAAACAACUCUAUCCUACUUUGAUUCCUCGAAUGUGCUUGAAUCGAUUUUACUUGGCUCAAGGCGUCAAGUUGUAUUCCCAUCAAACUUGGAAGCUCUUGUUCCCAGAGUCUGGCAUAGAAGUUGUGGCUCAAUCUAUCGCUCCCGUUGUCCGUUACUAUGUGCAGAUGUGUGACGCUGACAACCAUGUGGUCCGAGAAGCCGCCUGCCAAGCGGUUGCUGAACUGGCGGGCAAGAUAGGAAUGGACGAAGUCCACUACGCAGCUUUGCAACCUCACGUUCCAAUAUUGUUACAAGCUCUAAUUAUGUGCUUUCAUGACGAAUCUUGGCCAGUCCGUGACGAAGCUUGUCUGGCGUGUGGGACCUUUUGUCGAGCUUAUCCAGAAGAGUGCCGUCCAGAAUUGGAGACUUUGUGGACUCGGUGGACCGAACAGUUGACUGACCAAAUUUGGAGCGUCCGGGCCGAUGCUUCAGUUGCACUUGGUGAUGCCUGUCAGGCCUAUGGAGAAGAAUUCUUCCAUCGUCUCAUGAAGUUUAUCAAUGAGAAUUUGCCAGCGGCACUCAACCAACCAGCCAUGACAUUGGAAGAGCACAAGGCUUUACAGAACGAUAUGGCCUCGCACACAGAUUCACAACUCUACAGCUGUGGGUCCCUGGCGCCGAAACUAAAGAAAAACUCCAAUAAAUCCGGUGCUGGACGUAUUGGUUGCUCCAACUGCGAAGUCAAUCGAGACAAGCAGCCCUGGGAAGCGACUGACGGUUGUUUGUACUUGAUUCGUGAGUUGGUGGACGAGUGCAGUUAUGAUAAUUCGACUCUUCCGGCUCUAUCCGAUGAUAUAUUGUUGCCGCUCCUUCGACAAGUUGCAGACGUUUGUAGAGUCUCGCAUUUCCCGCAGGGGGACGAUUUACGAACCACACUUUGGAGACAGCUACCAACCAUGAUGGAGGCCAUUGGCAAGCAACGUUGCAAACGGUUGUACUUGGAAAUUUUCAUGGAUCUACUCAUGCGAAACAUUGAAUCCAGAACAGCGUCUGCCAUGUCCAAGCAUGCUGCGGUCUCGUGCGCCUAUGAACUAAGUAUGUUGGUUGGUCCCAAUAUCUUCAGGGGACGUGUCUACGACGACUACCAACGCGAGGCUUUGGACCGCGCCAUGAGUGAGCGGCAAAUGCAACAACAAAGGGCGCCGAAAGAACGAGGGACGCAGUUCUCACCAUUUGAGCCUCCUGGUCUAUUGGACAACCUAGACAGCCAUCAGUUCUCAAAACUGACACCAGGCUUGCCACCAGAUAUGAUGAAUCAUCCUGGCGUUGGGGCAGGUACUAGCUUCUAA